AUGAAACACUCGUCCUUUUCAAUGGUGCGAGUGUUCGCAUUAUCGGUAUUUAUUCUUUUGGCUAUGACGCAUCUGAGUGAAGGAUUGGAUAAGCGAUCGGUUCAUUCACCGCACAUUCGCAGAAAGCAAGAUCACAAGCAUGACAAAAAUGACAAACACCAUCACAAGCCGGAUAAACACAAGGAUGAUCACGGUAAAGACCACAAGCAUGAUGGUAAGAAGGAUAAAGAUCAUCACAAAGGAAAGCCGAAAGACGACCAUCCUAAAGGCAAACCGAAAGAUGACCAUCAUAAGGACAAAAAUGAUAAAGACUCAGGAAACAAUUCCAAAGGACAAAAAUCUAAAGGUGGCAACCAAGGUGAUGACAAUGACAACAAGAAAUCAGGUUUGAAUUUGGAUUUGACAACAAAGGGAGGAAAAAAAGGAGGGCUCGGAAUUGGAAUUGGGGUUGGUGGAUUGUUGACAGAUGUAUUUCACGGCGCUCAAUGUCCUAAACCAAACGCGAAUAAACAGAGCCCAAAUGGUAAGAUUGGAUUUUUGAAUUGCGGCUUGAAUACACCAGGAGGAUGGGAUCCUCCUCCUGUUCAAUUGAAACAAGUCAAGGUAAUGCCCGGUCCACAAGCGAUCAAGCAACCAGCAUUCAAAGCGUGUGCAAAGUACUACAAGCAUUUCAAAGCAGCCAGUGAUAAGUAUGGUAUUCCCGAAAUCGUGCUCAUGUCAUUUGCAAUGCAAGAGAGCUCUUGCAAGCCUUAUACGCAUGGUGCCAAUGGUGAAAUUGGAAUGAUGCAAGUAACACCUCAGAACUGUAAGGAUUUGGGUGUUCAACCUCAAGAUUCUUGGGAUCCACACACGAACGUCGACUUAGGCGCUAGGAUGUUUAUGAAGAACUUAAACCAAAGCGGAGGCAAUGUCUUGCUGGCUGUUGGCAGUUACAAUGGCUGGGAGAAAGGCAUGACCAAGCAGUCAGCAGAAAAUACUCAAUAUGGCUGUAUGGCCCAGAAGAACUUAGAUUAUUUAAAUCAAUUCAUGAACGGCUGGAUUCAAGGCAAAGAUGGUCAUAGCAAAGAGUUCCUGGUUUACAACAAUCUGGCGAAGUGUCAUGGUCACAAUUGAUACCUGCGUCCGGUACUUUUUCGAUAUAUAUUCACUCUUUUCAUUCUUUCAUUCCUUUGAGCAUCUUUUUCAUUUACUUGCAGUGAUUUUGAGUAAUGCAUAUAUUCUCUUACAUACCUUGAUGGUGAUGAUCGUCGAUACCACAAGUUUUUUCUUGUAUGCACCAUCGGACUGCAUAUAUGCAUGCUCUCUUCACGCGUAUGAUGCUUCGUGCACCGUACACGCUCUUUUUAGGAAUUUU